AUGGAGCAAAGCACACUGCACAGACGAGGAGUUGGCCUUCGAGGCGUAGACCACGACAAAGUCUCCCCUGGAUUCAUGCUCUACGCCCACCUCACCAGCCCAGGCAUCGUCAAAAUGGUCGACAACAACGGUAAAGAAGUUCACCGUUGGAAAAUGUCCUCACGACCAGGCCGACACGCCAGAGUUCUCCCAAACAGCAACCUCGCCUACAAUGGCGUCCACCCCGACGGCCCCAAACUCUUCCCUCUCUGGCAAAAGUACAGAGGCGGCCUCAUGCUCCAAGUCGACCACUCAGGCAAAGAGGUCAUGCGCUGGGAAGACCCCCUAGCGCACCACGACCAAAACCACCUCGACGAUGGAACCCUCCUCUACACCACCCUCCAACCUCUUACACCGACUCAAGCCGCCAGCGUCCCAGGCGGCAUCCCCGGCUCCGAAGCCCCCGAUGGCAAAAUCUAUUCCGACUGCAUCAAGCACGUCGACCCUCACACAGGCGAAACCCUCUGGUACUGGUCCCUCAUCGACAACCUCAACCCGGCUGACUUCCCCCUCCAACCACACUACACCCGCGACCACUACCCGCUCAUCAACUCCGUGUCCUUCCUACGCGACGGCAACGUCCUCGCCUCCCUCCGCAGCGUCUCCGCCGUAAUCAUUAUCUCCAAGGCAACCGGGAAGGUUCUCUGGCACUUGGACUCCACCGUCCUCGCGCAGCAACACCACGCGACGGAGCUGGACGACGGCUCGAUCCUCAUUUUCGACAAUGGCGUCUACAGACACCACGAAUCGAUGCCUUACUCCCGCGUCAUCCAGGUCGACCGCUCCACGAAGCAGAUCGUAUGGCAGUACAAAGACCCGCACCCCAUGACCUUCUUCACGCCCUUCAUGGGCGCCGCGCAGCGUCUCCGCAACGGAAACACGCUCAUCACCGAAGCGGGCUUCGGGCGGAUCUUCGAAGUCACACGGGAAGGGCAGAUGUGUUGGGAAUACAUCGUGCCGGAGUUCGCGACGUACGAGGGGCUGGAAGCGCCGGAGCUGGAGGGGGUGUUUGAUUAUCCUGGUAAUGCAGUUUUUAGGGCGUAUAAGUAUUCGCCGGAGGAGGUGCCGUGGUUGGUGGAGAAAUUGAGGUUGAGGGAGAUUGAAGGGAACAGGACGGAUUCGCCGCUUUUGGCUUGA